AUUCUUGGGAAUUGAUUGCGGCGGUGUUUUCUGCCCCUGGGGGAGCCCAGAGUGUUCCCCUGAAACCCUAAGUGUCUUGGUUGCCGUGGAGAGGUGGGAACCAGAUGUGCCCUUGUUGGCCUUGCCUGGUCGGUUUUUUGUGUGUUUUUUCUAAAACCCCUUUCCCACUAAUGUUUCCCCCAGCGCGGUGCUGUUUUUAAUGCAACUCUAGGUGGUCCGCUGGGACUAAGCCUGGCCCUUUUAGACGUGUCCUGUGAACAGGUGAAAUUGGUAACUUGAAUUUAGGAAGAUGUGAAAAGUUUUGCCAAAAAUGAAACCCACCAGUUGCAACAAACAAAAAACAGCAGUCCCUGUGCGGCCUGCUGUUCUUUGGUGAUGCUUUGGAGCUUUCGUUGAAGUGAGUCUGCUGCUUUGUUUUUUUGUUGAUCUGUUAGCCUAGUCUUCUUUUUCUGGUAGUGGUAGAAUUGGCACAAGUUGUUCUGUGAGCUUAGUAAACUUGCAGAUGCUAAUGAAACUUUUAUCGUAAAGGUUUUGAUUUGUGGUGUGUUUUUCUUUGCAGAACUCUGUGUGGCUUUUCAAUUUUAGUUGAAAUUCCCUGCAUGGCCUUUUGGAGUCCUUUGGUGUGUCUCCAGAGUAAAUUUCGAUUACUCUACAUUUCAUCAAUGUUGAAGUGGCAAGAAAAAGGAGGAACUGAUUUGGGGUGAGAAGGUAUAACGAACUGUAAACUUAAAAAGAAAAAAAAAGGCAAAGAUGGGUGAGAAGAAGCCAGAGCCUCUGGACUUCGUAAAGGAUUUCCAGGAGUACCUGACACAGCAGACGCACCAUGUGAACAUGAUCUCCGGGUCCGUGAGUGGGGACAAGGAAGCAGAGGCUCUUCAGGGAGCUGGAACAGACGGUGAUCAGAAUGGACUUGAUCACCCUUCUGUUGAAGUUUCCCUGGAUGAAAACUCAGGAAUGUUAGUAGAUGGGUUCGAAAGGACCUUUGAUGGGAAGCUCAAGUGUCGGUAUUGCAAUUAUGCCAGCAAAGGGACGGCCCGGCUGAUUGAGCACAUCAGAAUCCACACAGGUGAAAAACCUCAUAGAUGUCACUUAUGUCCAUUUGCAUCUGCUUAUGAGCGUCAUCUGGAAGCCCAUAUGCGUUCCCAUACAGGAGAAAAACCAUACAAAUGUGAAUUAUGUUCCUUCCGCUGCAGUGAUCGAAGUAACCUGUCCCAUCAUCGAAGGCGCAAGCAUAAAAUGGUACCAAUUAAAGGUGCUAGGUCUUCCUUAAGCAGCAAGAAAAUGUGGGGGGUUUUACAGAAGAAAACAAGCAAUCUGGGCUAUAGCCGAAGAGCACUCAUCAACUUAAGCCCACCCUCCAUGGUGGUUCAGAAGCCAGACUACCUUAACGACUUCACCCACGAAAUCCCCAGCAUCCAGACUGACUCCUAUGAAAGUAUGGCGAAGACCACAUCUGCUGGAGGCUUACCAAGGGACCCCCAAGAACUCCUGGUCGACAACCCUUUAAAUCAGCUCUCCACUCUCGCAGGACAGCUGUCCAGUUUGCCACCUGAAAACCCGAACCCCGCGUCCCCCGAUGUAGUGCCCUGCCCGGAUGAGAAGCCUUUCCUGAUGCAGCAGCCCUCCGCCCAGGCGGUGGUCGCGGCUGUGUCCGUGAGCCUCCCUCAGAGUACCUCCCCCACCAGCCCUGAGCCUCGGCCGUCACAGAGCCAGAGGAACUACAGUCCCGUGGCUGGGCCGAGCAGCGAGCCGAGUGCGCACACGAGCACACCCAGCCUGGGAAACAGCCAGCCGAGCACGCCUGCUCCAGCCCUGCCGGCCCAGGACCCGCAGCUCCUGCACCACUGCCAGCACUGUGACAUGUACUUUGCUGACAACAUCCUUUACACCAUUCACAUGGGGUGCCACGGGUAUGAAAACCCUUUCCAGUGUAACAUCUGUGGGUGCAAGUGUAAGAACAAGUACGAUUUUGCCUGUCAUUUUGCAAGAGGGCAACACAACCAACACUGAUGGGAAACUCCUGUUACUCUUUACUUGGUUUUGACUUUUUGUGUUUUGUA